AUGGCUGCUGCUGUGGCAUGGGGAGCUGGAAAGCCUUUGGUGAUAGAGGAAGUGAAUGUGAAUCCGCCUCAGGCAAUGGAGAUAAGGAUCAAAGUCGCCUGCACCUCUCUCUGUCGCAGUGACAUCACUGCCUGGGAGUCUCAGGGAUGGGGGUUGACAGUUACACUUGGUGUGCCAAAAGUGAAGCCGGAGGUAACAGCUCAUUAUGGAAUAUUUCUUACUGGAAGAACAUUGAAGGGAUCUCUAUUUGGAGGAUGGAAACCUAAAUCUGAUCUCCCUUCAUUAGUAGAUAUGUACACAAAAAAGCUGGAAAAUCUACUGACAAUGUUUAGUCCUGGUGACAAGAAUGCGAUAGGGCAUGCCUAA